AUGGCCAAUAACCAGGCCAGCUUACAAGAUGAUCAGAGCAGGCACUGCAAGUUCUUAUCCUAUAUGUUCUACCAAGCUGUCAGAGAUCACAAGCCUGUGUGGAUGCUAGAAGACAUGAGGACUAUGGAGUAUUUAUACUGGGAGGAAAACACCAGCCUGAGGACGUAUUCACCUUCAGAAGCCCUGCUGUAUGCUGUGGUGCACAAUCACCUGCCUUAUGCCCAGUAUCUGCUGUCUCAUUUUCCAGAGGAGGUUCUCAAAGUCCCUGGAGAGCAUUUCUGCUAUUGCCCUUCCUCUGCUCCUCACUUGGCCAUGGCUGUAACCUACGACAGAAGAGACAUUUUGGGACUGAUCAUCAGCAUCUCACAUAAACUGCCCAGCCUGAACUCCUACAUCAACAGGACUGGCUGCUUUCAUCUAGAAGAUGGCAAGACCCCUCUGCAUCUUGCCUGUGAGCUCCUGAGGUCAGAGACAGUCCUCAUCCUCUUAGGGAACGGGGCCUCUCCCAGGAUAGAGGACAGCAAAGGACUUACACCACUGGAUGUCAUCCUGGAGCAGAUGUGGGACUCCAAAGUCAAUGCGGCAUCCAAAAAGCUCUGCCUUGAUUACCUCUUGCUCUUCAUGCCUAGCCCCCAGUUCAAGAUGCAGAACAUUCUGCGGGAGCAUCCGGAGCACUGGACAGUUCUACUAGGGGAGGACAAGUUCAACAGCCUGGUGGGGAACACACCUGCAUCUUUAUAUCUUCAAGCUAUGCAAACCAUCCUUCAGACUCUCCCACCCUCCCAUUUCCCUAAAAGCAUCCAGGAACUACCUAUACCUCAGGCACUAAAGCCCCUGCCUUGCUUGGGCAAACAGCAUCCAACAAAAAAUAUGGUAAAUGUUUUUCCAUGA